GCGCAGUGACGGGAGCGGCGGGGCUUCAGCGGCAUGGCGGCGGCAGCGGCGGCGGCCCAUAUGGCCGAUGUGAGCUGGAAGAUGUUGGAGCUGCGGGCUCGCACUAGGCGUUCAGUUUAGCCUGAGAAGUUUGUGAUUAGCUGCAUCAAUUUGAAAUGGCCAGUUUGGAUGAUGACAGAACCUCCCCUGCACGUGCUUUUUUAAGAUUUGAGGGUCACAGAUUGUCUGGUUCAAUUUAUGAGCCACUUAAAAGUAUUAACCUUCCAAAACCAGAGGGGGAAAGUCUGUGGGAUAAAUUAGAUCAUUAUUACAGAAUUGUUAAGUCAACAUUGCUGCUUUAUCAAAGUCCAACCACAGGUCUGUUUCCUACAAAGACAUAUGGGGAUAACCGAAAGGCCAAAGUACACGACAGUCUUUAUUGUGCUGCAUGUGCCUGGGCAUUAGCCCUUGCUUACAGGCGUAUUGAUGAUGACAAGGGAAGGACUCAUGAACUGGAGCAUUCUGCUAUAAAGUGUAUGAGAGGAAUUCUCUACUGCUACAUGCGUCAAGCCGAUAAGGUUCAGCAAUUUAAGCAAGACCCCAAACCAUCUGGAUGUCUUCAUUCUGUUUUCAGUGCACACACUGGAGAUGAGGUUUUUUCCCAUAAGGAAUAUGGUCAUCUUCAGAUAAAUGCUUUGUCGUUAUUUCUCCUCUAUUUGGUUGAGAUGAUCUCUUCAGGGCUGCAGAUUAUCUACAACACAGAUGAGGUUUCCUUCAUUCAAAAUCUUGUGUUUUGUGUGGAAAGAGCUUAUCGUGUGCCAGAUUUUGGUGUCUGGGAAAGAGGAAGUAAAUACAACAAUGGCAGUCCAGAGCUACAUUCAAGCUCUGUGGGGCUGGCAAAAGCAGCUUUAGAAGCAAUUAAUGGUUUCAAUCUCUUUGGAAAUCAGGGCUGCUCUUGGUCUGUUAUAUUUGUGGAUUUUGAUGCCCAUAACCGUAACAGACAGACUCUCUGUUCGUUGCUACCCCGUGAGUCAAGGUCUCAUAAUACUGAUGCAGCUCUUUUGCCGUGUCUCAGUUAUCCUGCAUUUGCUUUGGAUGAUGAGGUUUUGUUCAGUCAAACACUUGAUAAAAUUAUGAGAAAACUGAAAGGAAAAUAUGGGUUUAAAAGAUUUCUGAGGGAUGGGUACAGAACAGCGCUGGAGGACAAAACACGGCGAUAUUAUAAACCAGCAGAAAUUAAGCUUUUUGAUGGCAUUGAGUGUGAAUUCCCUCUGUUUUUUAUUUUCAUGAUAAUUGAUGGAGUUUUUAGAGGAAAUCCUGCACAAGUAAAGGAAUAUCAGGAUCUUCUGGAUCCUUUGCUUCAGCAUACAUCUGAAGGGUGUCCUGUUGUACCCAAGUAUUACUAUGUGCCAGCUGAUUUUGUUGAAAUGGAAAAGAAGAACCCUGGCAGUCAGAAACGGUUUCCUAGUAACAGUGGACGCGAUGGAAAGUUUUUCUUGUGGGGACAGGCAGUUUACAUCAUUGCAAAACUCCUGGCCGACAAAUUAGUAAGUCCUAAAGAUAUCGACCCUGUCGGACGUUAUGUACCUCCACAAGAUCAGCGGAAUGUUAGCAUGAGAUUUUCAAAUCAGGGUCCUUUAGAAAAUGAUGUGGUAGUACAUGUGGCCCUGAUAGCAGAAAGUCAGCGCCUACAAGUUUUUCUGAACACCUAUGGAAUCCAAACUCAGACCCCCCAGCAGGUGGAACCAAUUCAGAUAUGGGCUCAAAAAGAACUUGUUAAAGCUUACUUCCAUUUGGGAGUCAAUGACAAAUUGGGAUUAUCUGGAAGACCGGACAGACCUAUAGGAUGCCUUGGAACAUCAAAGAUUUAUCGAAUACUAGGAAAGACUGUAGUUUGCUACUCGAUCAUUUUUGAUCUAAGUGAUUUCUACAUGUCUCAGGAUGUUAUGAUGUUGAUUGACGACAUUAAGAAUGCACUGCAGUUCAUUAAGCAGUAUUGGAAAAUGCAUGGUCGUCCACUGUUUGUUGUACUUAUCCGUGAAGACAAUAUAAGAGGGAGCAGAUUCAAUCCAAUAUUAGAUAUGUUGGCAGCCUUUAGAAAGGGAGUUGUUGGAGGAGUGAAAGUUCACGUUGACAGAGUACAGACAUUGAUAUCUGGAGCAGUUGUUGAACAACUUGACUUCCUAAGAAUAACUGAAACAGAAGAGGCUCCUGUAUUUAAGAGUUUGGAGGAGUUGGAUCUUCCAAAACAUUCAAAAGUCAAGAGACAGUCUAGUACUCCAAAUGCUUCUGAACUUGAGCAGCAACCAGAGAUAAAUAUUAAUGAGUGGAAAAACAAGUCAAGUUAUGAGAUCCUGCAGAAACUUAAUGACUGCAAUUGCCUAGCAAGUCAAGCAUUACUCUUGAAUAUAUUGCUUAAAAGGGAGGGACCGAAUUUUAUCACCAAGGAAGGUACUGUUGCUGAGCAUAUUGAAAGAAUCUAUAGACGAGCUGGCAGCAAAAAGCUCUGGUCUGUUGUGCGCUUCGCAGCAAGUCUUUUAGGUAAACUAGUGGACAGCCUUGCACCGUCUAUUACUAAUGUUUUAGUUCAGGGCAAGCAGGUGACACUUGGAGCUUUUGGCCAAGAGGAAGAAGUUAUUUCUAAUCCGCUCUCCCCAGGAGUGAUUAAGAACAUCAUCUAUGAAAAAUGUAAUUUACAAGAUGAAAGAGAAGCUGUAGUUCAGCAGGAACUUGUCAUCCAUAUUGGCUGGAUCAUCUCAAAUUCACCUGAACUUUUCAGUGGCAUGUUGAAGAUACGGAUUGGAUGGAUUAUCCAUGCUAUGAAGCAUGAACUGAAAAUCCGUGCUGGGGAUAUGCCAGCCAAGGACUUGUACCAGAUGUCCCCUAGUGAAGUGAAACAGCUUUUGCUGGAUAUUCUUCAGCCACAGCCGCAGGAGAGAGGCUGGCUGAACAGAAGACAGAUAGAUGGUUCUCUCAAUCGAACUCCUGCUGGAUUCUAUGAUCGGGUGUGGCAGAUCUUGGAAAGAACACCCAAUGGUCUAAUAGUGGCAGGGAAAUUUUUACCACAGCAACCAACCUUAUCGGAUAUGACGAUGUAUGAAAUGAAUUUUUCCCUUCUAGUUGAAGAUAUGCUGCAAAAUAUCGACCAGCCGGAAUAUAGGCAAAUUAUUGUAGAGUUAUUGAUGGUUAUAUCUGUUAUUUUGGAGAGAAAUCCUGAGCUAGAGUUCCAGGACAAAGUGGACUUGGACAAAGUGGUGCAAGAAGCAUUUCAUGACUUUCAGAAAGAUCACUGCAGUCCAAAGGGAGCUGAAAAACAAGAUGACAUGACUCUCUUCUACAACACUCACCCAGUUGGAAAAAAAGGAACAUGCAGCUACUUGAGUAAGGCUGUGAUCACUUUAUUGCUGGAAGGGGAAAUGAAACCAAGCAACGAUGAUCCUUGUACCAUUAGCUAAAGCUUGAAAUGCAAUAUAGGAAUUGUUGCUUUAUUUAGCGUUUUGUGUAUUUUUCAUGCAUAUAUUAAAAUACUGUUUUGAAGAGUAAUCCUGGCUAGCAAUACAAAUUCUUACUAUCCUUUGCUGAAAGAAGUGCCAUUAAAGAUACUAAGUGCCACCUAAUUUUUUCCUUUCUCAACUAUGCAGCAUGAAAUUCUGAGGACAUGAAUUACUCCUAUGAUGUUUGAUUAAAUUGAAUGGGAUUGUACUUACAAUCUUAAAUUAGGCAUUUAACAUAGUUGAUAACUUUAAGAGAAAUGCCCUAUGAGAUUUUGUCUUCAUACUUCUAUUUAUUUAUAAUUACAAGCAAGUCUAUUGUAAAUUCUAAAUGAAAUUCAGAAAAUACUGUAAUUAACAUGUUUAUCAAUCAGUGUGGAAAUGUGAAAAUUGGAUUUUUUUUUAUUAUUCUACACACAAAUUGGAGGUGAAAGUUAAAUAGUUGUUAUUCUUUAAAGUAUUUCUGUAUAAGUUCAAUUUACAGAGUACAUUUAGGUUUUUUUUUUAAUUUACCAGUUGAUAACUUGAUAAACAGGUUUCAUCCUAAUACAGCAACUUUUUAGCUCUAGCAAUAAAUAUCACUGCAGUUUCACAAUUGUUGUUUAAACAUCUCUAAGUUAGCAAGGGAAAGGUAUGGUAACAAGACAAAAGCUUGCUUUAAUAAAAGGGCAAACAAGCUGUAUUUAAAAUUAACAUCAGUGAAUAAAAAACUUUGUAUUGCAUAAACUAGCAGUGCAUUAAAGAAUUCAAGGUACACUUAUUUAUCUCCUAAAUGUGUGAAAUCACUGUAUGCUAUAUGCUUUCUUUUGGUGAAAGUAAUAAAAAGCGAAUGCUUGUAAAAAAAACUUUCAAUAAAAAUACUUUAAUUACA